GAGCAGCUUGUUAAGGAGGCAGAGGAAGAAGGAGCAUAAGGGAAGUGCCGCAGUGACUCGAGCUCUGUUCUCUGCUGCGUUCAUGUCGAGCAGGGUUUUUAUCAGCUAACAAACAGACCCAAUCCACCUCUUUUAACCUAUAUAACUAUACCAAUAGAACAGCGCACAAUGGCCACUGACUCAGGCUACGGUCAGCAUGGCAGCUCACAAAGCUAUGGAUCAUAUGGCGGUCAGCCAGGCGGACAGGGUUAUGGACAAGGAAAUGGCAGUGGCUCUUACAGCGGACAGAGUUAUCCUGGCUAUGGACAGCCAGCUGCGACACCGGCUGCGACACCAGGCGCCACGCAAGAUGGUUAUGGUCAGUCUCAGCAACAGAGCUAUGAUAAUUAUGGCCAGGAAUCAUCUGGGUAUAGUGACAAGUCAUCUUCUUAUGGGCAACAAAGUUCCUUUGGUGGUCAGGCACAAGGAGGAGGAGGAGGAGACAGUUACGGACAGCAAAGCUCCUAUGGCAGCCAGGGGCAAGGAGGUGGCAGCUAUGGAAGAUGGAGUGAGGGUGAAGGCGGUGGUCAGGGUGGAAGGUUUGGACGUGACCAAGGCGACCGUUCAGAAGGCGGGGGCUACAGAGGUCGAGGCCGUGGUGGCUAUGAUCGCGGCAGCUAUGACCGCAGUGGUGGCUUCGACCGUGGCAGCUAUGAUCGUGGUGGAAGAGGUGGACCUUCUGGUAUGGGAGGUGGUGACCGUGGUGGCUACAAAAAUUACGGUGGCUCUCGAGACUACGGCUCAAGGGAUGAACCAGCUGGAGAGGUGGACAACUCCGAUAACAACACCAUUUUUGUCCAGGGCCUGGGAGAAGAUGUCACAGUUCAGGAAGUCGGCGACUUCUUCAAGCAGAUUGGCAUCAUCAAGGUGAGCAAGAAGACUGGACAGCAAAUGAUCAACAUCUACAAUGACAAGAUCACUGGUCUGCCAAAGGGAGAAGCUACAGUGUCUUUUGACGAUCCUCCAUCUGCCAAAGCUGCUAUUGAUUGGUUUGACGGCAAAGAAUUCCAAGGCAAACCCCUCAAAGUAUCAUUUGCCACCCGCAGAACUGAGUUCACACAGAGAGGAGGUGGAAGAGGAGGGAGAGGAGGUGGUGGUGGAGGAGGAGGAGGUUUCAGAGGUCGUGGUGGAGGACCUAACUUUGACAUUAAGGGAGGAGACUGGCCCUGUCCCAACAGCUCUUGUGGCAACAUGAAUUUUGCGCGGCGGCAAGAGUGCAACAAGUGCGGUGCACCUAAACCAGGAGAUGGAGGUUUUGAUGGUGAACGUGGAGGCCGUGGAGGUUAUGGUGGUGACAGAGGCGGCAGCUUCAGGGGGCGUGGAGGGUUCCGUGGUGGAGACCGUGGAGGCUACGGAGGUGGUGGAGGAGGAUUCGGAGGUGGCUACAAGAUGGGGGGAAGAGGUGACCGCAGAGACGACAGGAGAGAGCGGCCAUACUAAGUGUUGAACAGAUGGAAACCAUUCCAGCCCUUCAGUUCUCCAGUGAAAGAGGGGGGGUUUAGUUUGGGAAUGCUUGAUCAGAUUCUCAUUUGCGUGGCUGGUGAAUCCCAACUGCGCCCCUUGGACGUGUGGAGUUGAUGUGGAGGGACUCUGGGGCUGAUUGGCUCCUUUCAGCAUGUGGUCAUUUUUCUUUUCUUUUUUUUUUUUUUGUCUCAUUUCUUUGUACAUCCUUUUUAAUUUUUCUCAGAUUCUAGCUGCAAAUGUUUUGUGAGAUAGACUUCGUACCAUUGUUUUGUAUGAACGAAUAAAAUAUUUUACUUGGG